AUGGCUAAGUUCGAUAUUCCUGCUGCAGGACUGCAGAUCCAGCAUGCACCCCAAGACCCGAAAGCACAUUCUCAGAUCAUUCGACUCAACCUCCCAGCCAAGGAAGUCAAUCUUAUUGUCAAGCAUAUAAAAGAUGGCGGAGAGACCCGAGUCCGGACAGGUAGAAACCCGAAGCUCAUCGCUGGCACGAAACAAGUCUUUCUGCACAACGUUGCAGACAAAUACUCUCAAGAGAUGUUUUCAGGUCUGCUGAAUGGCAGCAAACCUUUGUACUUCUCAGGCAAGCUCAGUCAUACCUUGGAGAUACAGCAAGCCAGAGAAGCAACUUCUGGCAUGGACGAAGCGUUGGAGAAGCUUAAGAACAACUUGAAACAGUCACAAGAGGACCGGAGCGGCACACCUGACCAUGCUCACAAAAACAGACUUCUUGUGCCUCAGCACAGGUCAUCUGCUUUGGCCGGCAUGUUGUCAGGAUCCAGACCUUCAUCGCCCUUUCUUAGUGCAGGAUUUUCUCCCCGGGUCGGACCAACGUCUGCACCUCUGUCAGGUGGACAGUCGAAGGAGGAGAAGGUCAAACAGGCGGCAAUCAAGAUACCUAUGAUACACUUGUUGGCAAUAGAGGCUCAAGAACCUAAACAAUUGGCUGAAAAGCUUAGAGUGAAGAAAGCGGACCUUGAUCAAGUGCUUGUGAAGGUGGCUCAAGAUGGCAAGGCAGGGAAGAAAGAGCUUCGCGACAGAGCAUACCGUGACCUGGAUGUAUGGAAGUUUCCAUACCAAUCACAGAACGAUCGCCAAUCAGCGAUCGAUCAUGCGGUUUCUGCAUAUGAUAGACUGAGGAUUGACAAGAACGAUAAUUUGUGGCAGAUGCUGCUAGCGAAAGAGGACAGAAACAAAGGAAUCUUCUUGAGUAGACUCAAUUUCGACAAGCCUUUGACGACUGGCAAUCUGACACCACGACUGACUGAGAGAUCUACCGAUGGGGGCAGCACCGAGGGUAGGAGCAUGAAGAGCGCGACUUCCGACAGUACGAACCAAAAAGGAAAGGUUCCCAUUGCGAAGGUGACCGACGUGCACCCAAAGGGCAAGCCGAAUGCUGAAAAACUUGUCAAGUCUCUCAAGAAUUUUGGCAAGGAAACUUCAGUCGCAAAAGUGAUAAGCAAGGUAGGGGUCAGUGCAAGUAGGCAAGAAGUGAAGUACAAAUCAUCGGAAAAGAUCGAAGAUUCGGACGAAGAGGCAGGUGCAACGCCACUUACCACUACUAAAAGGCAGGAGUCGAAACAGCCGAUCACAAAACAUAUCACUAAGUCCUCUUCACCUCUUGUUAAAAGCACCUCACACAAAAGCCAUAUACCAGGAUUGUCCAACCACAGUACUAGUGACCACGAGCGUGGUCGAAUACCUUCUUCAGCCAUGGUCAGGACUCGUGGAGGCAAGGACACAGUUCAAUCAGCAGAUUUAACCAAGCCCGAAAAGCCAUCCAAAUCUCUCGAAGCACACCCGUAUAACGUUUCACGCGCCCGAAAUGGUAGCUCGCCUGCGAAGCCGUCGCCGCUAGGUUCAUCACCCCCUACCAACUCUCGAGACAUUGAUAGCACAAGUACAAGCAGUAAGGGUACUAGCCUUUCGUCUGCCCCAUCGUCGCCACCCUCUACCACGCAAUCAUCUCAGAAAACACGGGAAGCUUACUCACCUUCUACUAUCAAGGCAAACAGGCCUGAGAAGCAUAUCAAUGGCGUCAAGAGGAAGUCCGAAAACGAUCAAGAACUACCACCAGCGAAAAAGAAAACCCUCACGAACGGCAAGAACGAUCCAGAACGUUUCAAUAGUCUGCCAAAGUCAUUGGAGAAUGAAGAUCGUGAUCGACCGCCUAUUAAGAGAACUACUUCCGACUCCGACAGCUCUUCCGAGCCUGAAAAGAGCAAAACGAAGGACAAACUGGUUGAAGACACUAAGGUCUUUCAGCAAUUCUACAACAAGUACAAGACUUUACAUGAUAAGCUGCAUAAGCUCCCGGCUCAGGAGCGUGACGAUGCAGAUCUCGAUAAGGUGUGGAAGAUGCAUUUGAGACUAAAGGAAAUGAAGAACAACAUCUGGAAGGACUGGGACAAACUUGAAAAGGCCGGGCAAACGUGA